AUGACCUCGAUCGCCCUCCACGACAAUAGCGAGACAGCGCGAGUCAGCUUCAGCGGCGCAGACAGCGCGAGUCAGCGUCAGCGGCGCAGACAGCGCAAUCAGCGUCAGCGGCGCAGACAGCGCAAGUCAGCGUCAGCGGCGCAGACAGCGCAAGUCAGCGUCAGCGGCGCAGACAGCGCAAGUCAGCGUCAGCGGCGCAGACAGCGUAAGUCAGCGUCAGCGGCGCAGACAGCGCAAGUCAGCGUCAGCGGCACAGACAGCGUAAGUCAGCGUCAGCGGCGCAGACAGCGUAAGUCAGCGUCAGCGGCGCAGACAGCGCGAGUCAGCGUCAGCGGCGCAGACAGCGCGAGUCAGCGUCAGCGGCGCAGACAGCGCGAGUCAGCGAUGGGACUAAGCCACUGCGACAUCGAAACGCAGCAGCAGCAGCUGCACCGCAUUGAGGCGCAGCAAGAGAAACAAAAAGUCGCUUCCAAAUCAGCGUCGGUCGCUGAGUCGCUGGGGAUAAAAGUUGGAGCCUCCACAGACUUGCUCUCAAUGAUCGAGGAAAUCGGCUGCGUGUUUAACUAA